AUGUCAACUACAGCCUAUAAACCUCCAAUAAAACUCUCAAUGGAAGCUCAAUAUCCACUUAUAAGAUCAAUAUUAGAUCUCCCACAUGAAGUAAUUGCGAGAAUCCUUUUCUAUCGAUUUAGACAAGAUAAAACUUUUGAAUAUAUUUAUCCCAUGAUUAUGACAUGUCGAGAAAUGUAUUAUCAAUUUCACCAGAUAUUAUAUACACUAAAACCUUUAUUUCUUGGUGUUUCCAAACAUAGAAAUAUAGGGAUAUGUUCCAAAGAAGGUAUUACUCAUCUUGUUGAAAGUAGAUUAUGUGAACAUAUUAGAAGAAUUAAUUUAUCAAUAAGUCUGUUUCUUUUACUUUCUUCAAAAGUUUAUCAAUCAUUUAUUCUUGAUAAUUUAUUUCAUUUUAAGAAUUUAAAAGUUGUUACGGUUAAGAUUAUGUCAGUUUCUUGGUUAACUUGUUUAAAUAAAUUACCUAGAUCUGUUUUAGAAUUAGAAUUAGUUCUUGUUGAUUCCAUUAGAAUACCAUGGAGCAAUUCACCCGAUUUUACUCAAUAUCCUCCUGAGUUUCAAUUGAAAGCAUUUAGAUUUAAAGCUCAUUUUCCAAUUACUAAAAAUAAAUAUUAUAAGAUUGCAUUUUUAAAUAAACUUUGGAAUGGGAACAACAACAGUGGUGGAAAUAACAAUACAUCAAUGCAUGCUCCUGAAUUAGUCUUUGAUUCAAAUGAAGGUGAUUAUUAUAAUUUUCCCAAAAAUGAUAAAUCCCUGCCAGCAAUUAUAUGUCGUUUCUUACAAUGCUUACUUGAUUAUAAUAGAAACACAUUGGAAUAUAUUGAAUUAAAAAUGGCCAGUAUUGCUAUGUUAUUUACACCAAAACUGAAUUUCUAUUUCCCAAUGCUUAAAUUAAUUAUAGUUGAUCAAACUAGUCAAAUCCCAAUAUAUUUGGUACGCCAAUUAUUAGGUCCGAAUGGGGCAAUUAUGUUUGUACUUAAUUCUUUAAAACCGGAAGCUAUUAAAUUAACAUUAACUGAAGAUAAUAAAUUACUUAGAAAGAGAGCUCAAUAUGAUCAAGGAAUUAUAAAAGUCUUAAAAGAUCAAUUCAUAAAUUUAAAUUGA